AUGUCCCAAGCACCUGCCAGCAUCCAUGACCCCGCGACCGCUGACGGCUGGCAUGGCGUCAUCCCCAGCGCUCAAUUCCCCGCCGAGAAAGGGCGCUACCACCUCUAUAUUGGACUCUUCUGUCCCUUUGCACAUCGAGCCAACUUUGUCCGUCAUUUGAAAGGUCUGGCGGAUUUCAUCGAUAUCAGCAUCGUCAAGCCUUACCCCAAAGGUGACGCGAACGGCUGGCCGGGAUGGCGAUUCCCCAGCUCAGAUGACGAAUAUCCUGGCUCAACAGUUGAUCACCUUUUUGGAGAGGACUAUCUGCAUAAAGUCUACUUCCGCGCAGAUCCGGAAUAUAAGGGACGAUACUCUGUUCCGCUGCUAUGGGAUACAAAGACCGGGACUGCUGAAAGUGCUGAGCUUCUUCGCUGGCUUCCAACAGCCUUUAAUGAGCUCCUCCCGCCAAAACUCGCCUCUAUCGAUCUGUACCCGUCUCACUUGCGCACCAAAAUCGAUACUAUCUCGUCCUGGAUGCAAUCGGAUGUUAACACAGGCGUCUACAAAGCAGGAUUUGCACCCUCGCAAGAGGUAUACGACAAGAAUGUCGUCCCAGUCUUCGGCGCACUGAACAAGCUCGAAAACAUUGUUGCACAACAUGGUGGUCCGUUCGUGCUAGGAAAAGAGAUGACAGAGCUAGAUAUCCGGUUGUAUGCGACACUGAUCCGGUUCGAUACUGUCUAUGUUCAGCAUUUCAAGUGCAACUUGGGUACUAUUCGACACGAUUAUCCUGUCUUGAAUAAUUGGUUGAAGGGAGUGUACUGGGAUGUUGAAGCUGCACAGGCAUCAACUGACUUCAAACAUAUCAAGGAAAAUUAUACCAAGAGUCAUUUGGAUAUUAAUCCGAAAGCAAUCACACCCAUGGGUCCGUUUCCUGAUGUUGAGGAAGGCGUUGAGAGGGAUUGGACCAGACUAAUUCCGGGAGGUGUUAAGAAUCCUGCUGUGUUGGCUUAUCAGGAUACUUUACCCGAUGUGUAG